GUCAUUUUCCACCCUCCUUUUUUGACCAUAUUAUUAUAAGUUAUAACCCUCUCCUCAAUUGCUUUAUCUAGUUUUGAUUUCAUAAUAAUAAUAAUAACAAUAAUUACUUAGUAUUUGGGGGGUUGAAGACUUGAAGUCAUGGAUAGGCAACAAUCAAUAGAAGUACUAUCAGAUGCAGAAAAUGGAAGAGAAUCAGAAGAAUUCAUAGAAAAGAAAGAAAAAGUUCCUCCUCCUCCUCCUCAUCAUCAUCCCUUUACACAAGUUGGAACUGUUUCUUUCCCUGGCUUCUAUGGUAAACAUAGGUUGCAAGCUUCCAUAACUAACCUCAAUAACCAAAUCAAUAUUUUGCAGGAAGAGUUGGAAAAGCUUGAAACAGUUGGUGAAUCUUCCAUCAUAUGCAAAGAGGUCAUUUCAAGCGUUGAAUCUAAUCCAGAUCCUAUGCUUCCAUGGAUUCAAGGUUCAGUUGAUGCUGGUACUGGUUGGGAUCGAUGGUUCGGAGGAGCUCACAACUCUCGAAAUCAUAAACGUUGGAUUUAAAAUUAUUGUUUAUAGUUAUUUUUUCUCUUUCGAGUGAUAUAUGAAAUCAUUCAUAAUUUAAUAGUUACCUCAAAAGAAAUAAAACACACGAGGGAAAUUAUAAUGUACUACAUGAUAAUUUAGUAAAAGUUUUCUAUGCCAAGUUUUCCUUGUCAAAAUAUUUCUACCAUAGAAGAAUCAAAACCCCCCUCUUUAUUAUUGGAUCAUUCUACUUGAUAGUUCUUCUCUAGAUUAGUUCUCAUUCCAUAUUGUGCUUGUGAGUUAUUGAUAUUAACAACAGUGACUUAAGUUGUGAGACAUAUUCAAGGAAUUAGGAUAUAGUUGGAUAUUCUAAUUCUAAAAAGUUUAUGCAUUAUCCACAAAGCUACAUCACAUGCUAAAUGGUUGGUGAACAUUUAUAGCCUUAAGUUUGUAAAAUAUAUCAAGAAACUAUUAAAUAUAAUUUGCAAUAAUUCAACUACAUUUUAUUCUGAAAGAAUAAUAAAAG